AUGGCUUUGGAUAAUAAUUAUAAAAUGGUUAUGAGAGCACGUGCCUGGCCUCUCGUUCGCUCCUUAGUGCGAUUCAACUCCAACCUCACUACAACUCGCAAUCCUUCAGCUUACGUUCUCGACCCAACUUCAGAUGUUUCUCAAUUUUCAAAGAGCAAGCUAGUUUACCACGGAGAGCUCGAGGACGGAGUAAUUCCUGAAGCACUCAAGUACUCGUAUCCUUGCAACCAAACUACUCUUUCUAACGGACUUUUAGUUGCUACAGAAGCAAGCCACAACGCCUUAGCCCACUUAUGCGUCGUUGUUAAAGCUGGUGUGAGAAAUGAAAACUUCCAAGUCAAUGGUAUUGGUCACUUUGUAAGGAAACUUAGAUUUAAAGGGACUGAACAAAGAAGCAAACUUCAGCUCGCAGGAGACGUCGAAAAUAUUGGAGGGGAGCUUAGAAUUAAGGCUGGAAAAGAAGUCACUGAGUUCCACAUUGAAGUCCCAAAGGCUUAUACUGCAAAGGCAAUGGAAAUUCUUGCAGAUGUAGUUCUCAGCUCUAAGUUCAACAAAAAUGCUAUUGAAGAGCAAAAGGCAGAAAGCUCUGAAGCACUUUUUGACACAGCAGAUAAUAAAAGGCUGAUUUUAGAAAACAUCCACUACACUGCAUAUAGAGAUCACAUGAUUGGACAGCCAAUUAGAGGAAACCAAAAAAGCAUCCAAAAUAUUACUCAGGACGCUAUUAAAGAUUAUAUUGAUGCACACUAUAUUGCUCCAAGAAUGGUAUUGACAGCUACAGGAAAUGUAGACCACAAACAAAUUGCUGAGCUAGGAGAAAAAUACUUCGGAAAAGUUGCUAAGUCUGGAAGAGAAAUCACAGGAGAUGAUAUAGGCCAAUUUUCAUAUAAAUAAAAUGGCUUUCGCUUCAAGUGAAAUUAGCUCAGCUAAUUUUUCUCUCUCUCAAGCAAUUUUAUUUAUGGGGUUGGGUUUUACCUAGAGAAUUUCUGCACAGCAAUAGCGGUUUAACUUUGGAGAUAAUCAGAGGAACUGCUCCUCAGUGCAAUCAAGAUCCCGAGUCUUUACCCCUCAGCACACCCGAAGGAAGGGUGGGCCCUCAGGCGGAACACGCGCAGGAGCUGAGUCGGAAUAAAGCCGUGGCGGCAACGAAGCCCGUCGAAGCCGGAACGCCGUACUUACCCGUGCCUUGGCGAAUCGAAGUGGGCCGAUCCAGAGGUCCAUGGGCCCGGCACGUGGAUAAAUAUGGUGGCAGCUCUGGAAACAGCUACCCAGUAGUGGACGUAAAACGUUAUAAAUAAUUAAGACUAAGAUUAAGAUAGGCCAAUUUUCACUCCUUCCACAGUCACAAUCAGAGACGAUGAUGUCGAUUUAGCUCAUAUGGGCAUUUUCUUCCAAGCUCCAUCAUGGAACCAUGAAGACUUUUAUGCUUUCCAAAUGCUCGUAAGACUUUGUGGAGACUAUGUUCCUGAAAGAGACUCAAUCAUAAAUCAUGCAUGGCUACAAUAUAACUAUUUCCAUACCUGGUUUGGAGAAAUUGAAGAUUUCGGAGGACACUCAAAUCACUACUUCCCUUAUAGCAAUGCUGCAAUAUGGGGGCAUUAUACUCAAAGCUUAGAUUUGUCAGCCUUUAUUUCCCCUCAAGCUUGUUUAUGUGGAACAAAGCGCUACACUGACUAUAUUAUGGAAUCUGAGCUUUACAGAGCAAGAAAUCGUUACUACAACGACUUACUAAAUAACACCAACUUAGGAUCAUGGUCAAGCGAAAUCGGCCAUGAAUUAUUGUACGCCAAGAGAAGAAUCCCAAGAUCUGAAGUCGCCAAAAGAAUUUCUGUCAUGGGCUCCAGACAUUUGGAAAAGACCUUCGCUAAGUGGCUCUGGGAUUGCGAGUUAGCUGUUGCAAUGUAUGGUCCAGUCUUCAUGCAGAUCAGAUUCCAUAGUGUCUACCGAGGAUACAUGAAUGGAGGUAACGUGUGGUAA